GGAGAAACUAUUAAAAUGUACAAGCACAUGCUUCAGAAGAAUCAUGUUGUUUACAUCUCAAAUGGAGAAGUCAAACCAAUAAACCCGCUUUAUGGAAAUGUACAUGAGUCAAUUGAGUUGACAUUGACUAAGAACAUUUCUAUCAAAGAAUCAAAAGCAGAGUUUCAAUUUGAUAAGAUAUUGAAUAACUUUAUCUCAAUCAAAGACGCAAUUUCCAACGAGGAUACAAGGAAUAUAAAUGUUCUUGCAAUGAUAGCAAAUGUCAAGCCUAUGAUCAAGUACGUUACAAGAUAUAAUAAGGCGGACACAAGGCGGGACAUCAUUAUAGUAGACAAAGAAGACUUAGCUGGCAAUGAAGGUUCAAUUAUUGAAGGAAAUAUGCAUGAGACAACUAUAAUAGCGCUAUCAGAUUUUAGCUGGCAAUGA